AUGCUCGACGCCCUGGACUUCAUUGCCGAACGCGGCGGCGACCCCGAGAAGAUCAGGGAGAGCCAGCGCCAGCGUGGCGACCCGGUAGAGCUCGUCGACGAGGUUAUUGCGCUGUGGCAGGAGGCGCGCAGCGAACAGUACAAGGUCACCCAGUUCAACGCUCAAAUCGGCGCCGUCCAGAAGGAGAUUGGCCAGCGAAGGAAGAACAAGGUCGACGAUGCUGACCUGCAGGUGAAGAAGACGGACCUGCAGAAGCAGCAGAAGGACCAGGAGGCCGCUGCGGCUGAGAAGCAAAAGGAGCUGCGCAACAAGACGAGAAUCAUCGGCAACUACGUCCACGAGUCCGUCCCCAUCAGCAAUACCGAGGAUGACAACAAGGUGAUCCGCACCUGGAAGCCCGAGGGCCGCGAGCUGAAGCCCUUUGCCGCCGCCGUUUCGCAUCACGACGUCCUGCUGAAGCUCGGCGGUUACGAUCCCACGCGCGGCGUCAAGCUUGUCGGCCACCGCGGAUACUGCCUGACGGGCAUGGGCUACUUCCUGAACCAGGCUCUCGUCAGCUACGGUAUCGAGUUCCUCUUCAACAAGGGCUACACCCCCAACCAGCCCCCCUACUUCCUCGACCGCGACCAGAUGGCCAAGACGGCCCAGCUCUCCCAGUUCGACGAGGAGCUGUACCGCGUCUCCGAGGGCAAGAGCACCGACGGCUCGGCCGACAAGUACCUCAUCGCGACGAGUGAGCAGCCGCUCUCGUGCCUGCACGCCGACGAGUGGCUGCAGCCCGGCCAGCUGCCGAUCAAGUACGCCGGCUUCAGCACGUGCUUCCGCAAGGAGGCCGGCAACCACGGCCGCGACGCCUGGGGCGUCUUCCGCGUCCACCAGUUUGAAAAGGUCGAGCAGUUUGUCCUCUGCAAGCCCGAGGACAGCUGGAAGUUCUUCGACGAGAUGAUCGCCACCUCGGAGGAGUUCUACAAGUCCCUCGGCCUGCCCUACCAGGUCGUCAGCAUUGUGUCCGGCGCCCUGAACAACUCUGCCGCCAAAAAGUUCGACCUCGAGGCCUACUUCCCCUUCCAGGGCGAGUACAAGGAGCUCGUCUCGUGCUCCAACUGCACCGACUACCAGACGCGCGAGCUCGAGAUCCGCUACGGCGUCAAGAAGGCCAAGGAGGCCCCCGGCAGCGGCAAGAAGGAAUACGUCCACGCCCUCAACGCCACCCUCACCGCCGCCGAGCGCACCCUCUGCUGCGUCCUCGAGAACUACCAGACCGCCGAGGGCCUCAACGUCCCCGAGGUGCUGCGCAAGUACAUCCCCGGCCAGCCCGAGUUCAUCCCCUUUCAGAAGUGA